GGUCUUGCACCCAGAAAGGAGAGGGGGCUGGCUCUGCUCCUUCCCUUCCCGGGGAACAAGCCUUUGUUUCAAGGAUGGAGAAGGGAAGAGGUUCUUCAACCAAGAUGGAAACUGUUUUGGAGUCCAGAGUGAAGAUGGACGAGCCAAGUGAGACCAGCCCUGAAGGAGGAGGAAGAGAACCUUGCACAAUGUGGGGCAGGAGAAGUGUUGGCUUCCCAGGCAGAAUGGGUCAGGAAACUUUGGAGGAGAAGGCCUUCAGUGUAGACCUUCUGUUGCAACGCUUCCGGCAUUUCCGCUUCCAGGAGGCCUUGGGGCCCCGAGAGAUUUGCAGCCAACUCCAUGCUCUCUGUCAUCGGUGGCUGAAGCCCGAGCGACACUCCAAGGCGGAGAUGCUGGACCUGGUGCUCCUGGAGCAGUUCCUGGCCGUCCUUCCCGCGGAGAUGGAGCGCUGGGUGAGGGAAUGUGGGGCAGAGACCAGUUCCCAGGCCGUGGCUUUGGCUGAAGGAUUCCUCCUGAGUCGGAUGGAAGAGGAGAAGGUGCGGCAGGAAGAGCGGCAGGAGAGAGAGGACCUUCAGGCCCAGGAGGUCCCAUUGGAGACCAAGAAAACAUUCCCUUCUGGGUGGAUUGAACUAGAGGACAGCACAGGAGAGUCUCCAGUAGGAGAAGAGCCAAGGAUACUGGGACAACAUAAUAUCACAUCACUUUCUGAUUCAAGAGAAAUGGCUUCUGUCAAACAGGAUCAGGUGACUAUCGAGGAUGUGUCCAUACAUUUUAGCGAGGAGGAAUGGACCCUGCUAGAUCGGCAUCAACGAGCCCUGCACUGGGAGGUCAUGGGAGAGAAUUAUAAGAUGUUGGCCUCUUUCGGUGAUGAUGGGCAGGGGAGUCAAAGUCCACCUAAAUGCUCCCAACUGGAAGAAAGCUCUGGAUGUAGAAUACCACUUUUUCACCAUGAAACAUCCCAUAGGGAGGACAAGCCAUAUAAAUGCCUGGAGUGUGGGAAAUGCUUCCAUCUAAAAGCCCACCUCAACAGACACCAAAAAACCCACACAGGAGAGAAGCCAUACAAAUGCCUGGAGUGUGGGAAAGACUUUGCUGAAAAGAGAAAUCUCGUUCUGCAUGAAAUGAACCACAGAGGAGAGAGACCCUAUCAAUGCCUGGAGUGCGGGAAGAGUUUCAGUUGCAUCUCGCGUCUCAAAGGACACCAAAAUACCCACAUAGAGGAGAAACUGUACACAUGCCUGGAGUGUGGGAAAUGCUUCCGUCAGCAAGCAGACCUCAAUAAACACGAAAAGACCCACACUGGAGAGAGGCCGUACAAAUGCCUGGAGUGUGGGAAAGGCUUCACUGAAAAGAAAUAUCUGAACGAACAUGAGUUGAACCACAGAGGAGACCAACCCUAUAAAUGCCUGGAGUGCGGGAAGAGUUUCAGCUACAUCUCGCGUCUCAAAAGACACCAGAAUGGCCACACGGGAGAGAAAUUGUACACAUGCCUGCAGUGUGGGAAAGGCUUCCGUCAAAAAUCAAACCGCAAUAAACACCAAAGAACCCACACAGGAGAGAAGCCGUAUAAAUGCCUGGAGUGCGGAAGAGGCUUUGUUGAGAAGAGAAAUCUGGCUGUGCAUGAAAUGAACCACAGAGGAGAGAGACCCUAUCAAUGCCUGGAGUGCGGGAAGGGUUUCAGCUGCAUCUCACGUCUCAAAGGACACCAGAAUAGCCAUACGGGAGAGAAAUCGUACACAUGCCUGCAGUGUGGGAAAAGCUUCCGGCAAAAAUCACACCUCAAAAGACACCAAAAAACCCACGCGACAUCAGAAUAUUCACACAAUGAAGAAAACACCAGGACGGAAAGCAGCUCUAGCCUUUGUACUGAUUCUCUCCUGUCAUGAUUCACAACACCUUGGGUCUUCUUCUGGCACACUUUGACUUAGGACAUGGCUGGCUCAGCCUAGUACCCUACAGCACCCAGCAUUCCCAGGUGGUCUCCCAUCCGAGAACUAACCAGGUUCGACCUUGCUUAACUUCCAAGAUAUUCUGGGUGGUAUGGUCUUAGGCUUAGUAUCGAACUACUGAUACUGAUAUGAUAUCCACAAUGGUUUCUGGUUUUUCAGACAUAAGUUCUCUUGUAUUCCGUUUGUUUUAGAAAGGACAUUGAAAUUUGUUUCUUCUAUAUAUUAUCAAAUUUUGAGAGACAAAUAAAGCCUUCAUGUGACCUCA